CAGCUAUGUAAUGUUUUUCGAACCCAUGAAAUGGAAAUUGACCAGUGCUUGCUGGAGUCCCUUCCCCUUGGCCAGCGGCAAAGGCUGGUGAAGCGCAUGCGUUGCGAGCAGAUCAAAGCCUACUAUGAAAGAGAGAAGGCUUUUCAGAAGCAGGAAGGAUUCCUGAAAAAGCUGAAGCAUGGGAAGAAUCAAAAAGUUCACUUUAACCUUGCCGACAUGAUACAGGAUGCAAUUAUCCACCACGAUGACAAAGAAGCGCUCCGGCUCCUGAAGGAGGGCGCGGAUCCGCACACCGCCGUUUCCUCAGGAGGGUCCCUGCUGCAUCUGUGCGCUCGGUAUGAUAAUGCCUUCAUUGCCGAGAUCCUGAUUGACAGGGGGGUCAAUGUCAACCACCAGGAUGAAGACUUUUGGACACCAAUGCACAUCGCCUGUGCUUGUGAUAACCCUGAUAUUGUCCUGCUGCUUGUACUAGCUGGAGCCAACGUCCUUCUCCAGGAUGUUAAUGGAAAUAUCCCGUUGGAUUAUGCUGUAGAGGGGACAGAAUCCAGUUCUAUCCUGUUGACUUAUCUGGAUGAAAAUGGAGUGGAUCUGACCUCACUGCGCCAGAUGAAGCUUCAGAGACCAUUGAGCAUGCUAACGGAUGUCAAGCACUUCUUAUCAGAUGGUGGAAAUGUCGAUGAGAAAAAUGAUGAAGGGGUAACUCUGUUGCAUAUGGCAUGUGCAAGUGGCUACAAGGAGGUGGUGUCUCUUCUCCUGGAACAUGGCGGGGACCUGAAUAUAGCAGAUAAUCAGUACUGGACCCCACUUCACUUGGCAGCAAAGUAUGGCCAGACAAACCUGGUGAAGCUUCUUCUGAUGCAUCAGGCAAAUCCAAACCUUCUGAACUGCAAUGAAGAGAAGCCCUCAGAUAUCGCCGCAUCUGAGUUUAUUGAGGAAAUGCUGUUGAAAGCCGAAGUUGCCUGGGAAGAAAGGGUAAAAGAGCAUUUAUCUGUUCCUGCCUUGGCCUCCGAGGAGCCCUAUGAAGAGAUCCUCCAUGACCUCCCAGCUCUCUCCAGCAAGCUCAGUCCCCUGGUGUUGCCAAUUGCCAAGCAAGACAGUAUGUUGGAGAAAGACAUUAUGUUCAAAGAUGCCACCAAAGGUCUAUGCAAGCGACAGUCUCAAGACAGCAUCCCUGAAAAUGCAACGAUGAACGGCCCCACAAAACCUGAGCAGGUCAAGCUGAUGCCUCCCGCUCCCAGUGAUGACCUGGCGACGCUCAGUGAGCUGAAUGACGGCAGCCUGCUUUAUGAAAUUCAGAAGCGCUUUGGGAACAAUCAGAUAUAUACUUUUAUUGGAGACAUCCUCUUGCUUGUUAACCCAUUCAAGGAGCUUCCAAUUUAUUCCACCAUGGUGUCUCAGCUAUACCUCAACAGCACGGGGCAGCCCUGCUCCUCCUCCCUGCCGCCUCACAUCUUCUCCUGCGCCGAGAGAGCCUUUCACCAGCUUUUCCAGGAGCAGCGGCCCCAGUGCUUCAUUCUCAGUGGAGAAAGAGGAUCGGGCAAGUCUGAAGCCAGCAAACAAAUAAUGAGACACCUCAUCUGCAGGUCUGGCUCCAGCAGACCUAUGUUUGAUUCCAAAUUUAAACAUGUCAUGUGCAUCUUGGAAGCCUUUGGACAUGCCAAGACAACGCUUAAUGAUCUGUCCAGUUGCUUCAUAAAGUAUUUUGAACUGCAGUUCUGCGAGAGGAAAAAACACCUAACUGGAGCCAGAGUUUAUACAUAUAUGCUCGAGAAAUCCAGACUUGUUUCACAACCUGUUGGCCAGAGCAAUUUUCUCAUUUUCUACUUGUUGAUGGAUGGGUUAUCUGCUGAAGAAAAAUACGGACUUCAUCUUAAUAAUUUAUGUGCACACCGGUAUUUGAACCAGACCCUACCAGAAGAUGUAUCAACAGCAGAGCAUUCUCUGAACAGGGAAAAAUUCGCUAUUUUGAAACAAGCCCUGAAUGUAAUUGGCUUCAGUCACUUGGAAGUAGAGAAUCUGUUUGUGAUCCUGGCAGCAAUAUUACACAUUGGAGACAUUCGAUUCACUGCUCUGACCGAGGCCAACUCUGCGUUUGUCUCUGACCUCCAGUUUCUGGAACAAGUGGCCGGAUUGCUACAAGUAUCAACCGAUGAGUUGGUGUCUGCUCUAACAACCGAUAUCCAGUAUUUUAAAGGGGACACCAUCAUACGGCGACAUACUGUGGAGAUGGCUGAAUUUUACCGGGAUCUCUUGGCCAAGUCCCUGUUCGGGCGUUUGUUUAGCUUCUUGGUGAAUACCAUGAACUGUUGCCUCCACAGUCAAGAUGAGCACAGCAGCCCACAGACUUUGGAUAUUGGAAUACUGGACAUCUUCGGUUUUGAGGAAUUUCAAAAGAAUGAAUUUGAACAACUUUGUGUCAACAUGACCAAUGAGAAGAUGCACCACUACAUCAAUGAAGUGCUUUUUCUACACGAGCAAACAGAAUGUGUACAAGAGGGAGUUACCAUGGAAACAACUUAUUCUCCUGGUAACCAGACUGGAGUUUUGGAUUUUUUUUUCCAGAAGCCAUCUGGAUUUCUGUCUUUAUUGGAUGAAGAAAGUCAGAUGAUUUGGUCAAUGGAACCAAAUCUUCCCAAAAAGCUACAGAGUCUCCUCGAAGCGUCAAACACAAACGCGGUCUAUUCCCCCAUGAAGGAUGGGAACGGGAACAUGGCACUCAAAGACCAGGGUACGGCGUUCACUACCAUGCACUACGCAGGAAGGGUAAUGUAUGAAAUUGUUGGAGCAAUUGAAAAAAAUAAAGACACCCUCUCACAGAAUCUUCUAUUUGUAAUGAAAACUAGUGAAAACGUCGUGAUCCAUCAUUUGUUCCAGUCGAAACUGUCACAGACGGGAUCCCUCAUGUCCUCCUAUCCUUUUAAGUUCAGAGGACAGAAAUCAGCCCUGCUCAGUAAGAAAACGGCAGCUUCUUCAAUUAUUGGAGAAAGCAGGAAUUAUCUAGAACUCAGUAAGUUAUUAAAGAAGAAAGGAACUUCUACAUUUCUUCAAAGACUGGAACGGGGAGGUCCAGGCACCAUUGCAUCGCAACUCAGGAAAUCUCUAACGGAUAUUAUUGGAAAACUUCAGAAGCGCACUCCGCACUUUGUUCAUUGCAUCAAGCCCAAUAACUCAAGGCUGCCAGAUACUUUUGAUAAUUUUUAUGUGUCUGCUCAGCUGCAAUAUAUUGGGGUCCUGGACAUGGUGAAGAUCAUCCGAUAUGGAUACCCUGUUCGCCUUUCCUUCUCAGAUUUCCUGUCAAGGUACAAGCCAUUGGCCCAUAUGCUCCCGGGUGAGAAGCAGCUGCUGUCUGCCGGGGAGAAAUGUCGCCUUGUUCUCCAGCGGUGCAAACUGCAAGGCUGGAAGAUGGGAGUCCGAAAAGUGUUUCUAAAAUACUGGCACGCCGACCAGCUCAAUGAUUUGUGCCUGCAGCGGCAGAGAAAAAUUAUAACCUGCCAAAAAGUUGUAAGAGGAUUUCUAGCACGCCAGCACUUGAUUCAGAAAAGGAGCAUCAGACAGCAAGAGGUCACAUCCAUCAACAGCUUCCUGCAGAUUACAGAGGACAUGGGGCUGAAGACCUACGAUGCCCUGGUCAUUCAGAACGCUUCGGACAUUGCCCGUGAAAAUGACCGGCUGCGGAACGAAAUGAAUGCUACUUACCAUAAGGAGAAGGUGGAGGCCAGACACAAGCCAGAGGAGGGAACCAAAAGAGUCGAAGACAAGUGUGGACCCAGGCAUUUCCACUACAGCUCCGUCCCGGUCCCCAUGGCGGUGGAUGGCCUGAUCCAGUCUCUGGCUGGCCCAUCCACCCGGUCUCCUUCUCUGCACUCGGUGUCCAGCCUGGAUGACAGCAGUGGCCUCCCCUCACCACGGAAACAGCCUCCGCCCAAGCCAAAGAGGGACCCCACCACGCGGCUGAGCGCAUCCUAUGAGGCCGUGAGCGCCUGCCUGUGGGCAGUGGCCAGGGAGUCUGCCAGUGAAGUGCUCACCCGGCCCCGACCUCACAGCGACGACUACAGCACCAUGAAGAAAGUUCCCCCUCGCAAGCCCAAGCGCAGCCCCAACACCAAGCUCAGCGGCUCCUCAGAGGACAUGGCGGGCGGGCGGCGCCGAGGGGGCCCGCAGCGCGCGCCCGGGGUCCCCGCGCCCCCCGCGCCCCCCGCGCGCGCCCCGCCCGAGCCCGAGCCCGAGCCCGUCUACAUCGAGAUGGCGGGCCGCGCCGGCAGCCCCGAGCAGGCCGAGGCCGUGUACGAGGAGAUGAAGUACUUCGUGCCCCCCGAGGCGUCCGCGUCGCCCCCUCUGCUGAGCGACAGUCGGAACCCCGUCACCUGGGAGGACGGCGACGGGGGCGGACCGGCCGCUGGGCCCUGCAAAGACGCGUGCGACAUCCCGGCCCCGUUCCCCAACCUGCUCCCUCACCGUCCGCCGCUCCUGGUGUUCCCCCCGACCCCUGUCACUUGCUCCCCAGCGUCCGACGAGUCGCCCUUGACGCCCCUGGAGGUGAAGAAGCUGCCCGUGCUGGAGACCAACCUCAAGUACCCGGUGCAGGCCGAAGGCUCGAGCCCCCUGUCGCCACAGCACGCCAAGAACCAAAAAGGCGACGGGGACAGGCCCGCGUCCCCCGGCCCGCCCGCAGCGAGCGGGUCCCCCCUUACGCCGCCGCCCCCUCCGGCCCCCCCGGCCCCCCGGCCGCCCACACACUUCGCCUUCCCCCCGGAGCCCGCGGGGAACGCUGGCCGAGCGGCGGUGGCCAGCCCCGACGUGUCCAAAGCGCCCCCGCCGCCCAGCUCGGCGCCCGCGGGGGGCCCGUGCAGCUCUUUCUCCAAGGCCCCCUACUCCCCCGGGAGGGCAGCCAGGGCCGAGCACCGGAAGGCCAGCGCCAGCCCCUCCUCCCCGGGACCCUACAGCCCCCCGAACUGCAGGGCGCUCGGCAGCCCUCUGGACGAGCUAACCAGCCUCUUCAGCUCUGGAAGGAGCGUGCUCCGGAAGUCCGCGGCGGGGCGGAGGAUCAGGGAGCCCGAAGGUUUUGAGACUAACAUGAACCUAACUGGCCGAGAUUAUGCUGGUAGAUCAGAAAUUGCAUCUGAGACUCAAGAUAGAAAUGCAAAUAACCAUGGAAUUCAAUUAUCUAAUUCACUCUCGAGUGCUAUCACUGCUGAAAAUGGGAAUUCCGUCUCAAAUGGUUUACCUGAAGAAGAUGGAUUCUCCAGGUUGUCUGUGAGCAGCUCCACAACCUCCUCAUUUCAGAAACAGAGAGAGAGCCACACCACUCAGGUAAUCCAUCAGCUGCGGCUCUCGGAGAACGAAAGCGCCGCCCUGCAGGAGCUCCUGGACUGGAGGCGGAAGCUGUGCGAGGGGACAGAAGACUGGCAGCGCCUCCUGCAGCCCUCGGAGCCCAGGGCGCCUCCCCCUCCGCCCUGCAAGAAGCCCACCCUGGCGAAGAAGCCCGAGGGGGCGUCCUGCGGCCGGCUGCCCCCCGAGCUGUGGGACUCCGGCACCUUCGCCAGUGUCAAGCCUGCGCACACGUGGACUGAGCCCCGGGUUUCCGUUCGGCUGGCUGGGGACGCACGUGUCUCUGCUGACGUGCACGGCCAGCUCCUGGCGGCCACCUCCUCCCCCCGCGUCACUCUCGGCUACGGGAACUCAGUGAGGCGCGUGGGGCUUCACGUUCAUAGCCGGCGGUGUGACAGGGUCACCUCGGAGGUCCGCACAGUCCGAAGGAGCUUGCGGAGACGUGCCGCUCGGGGUGGUGACGCCGCAUCCCAGGGUGGCCGUCCCCUCGGAGCUGCGCUGCAUGGCUCACCUGCUCUAUCUCCUCAGCCCUCCCGUGACACAACCACCCAUUUAUCCGUGUGCUUCUGUGGCAGUCAGGAAGUCCUCAGCGGAGAGUACAGGUCUCAUGUCCAGACUGUGGACUGGGUAAUUCAUUUGACAGCAGUGGCGGUGGCUUGUGGCGACAGCGUCCCCACCCCCUGCCAUGGGGCUGUGCUUGGGGUUGCAGAGCUGGGUGAGAGCCGGGGCUCCUGGGUCCCCUCUACAGCAGGGGAGGUGGGCGAGCGGGAGCCGUGGAAAGGGAGUGUCAUUGCACUCUUGUCUUGGGUUAGCCGUGAGCGUAGCAACAGAAACGCUCCUUCUGAUCAGAUGGGAGUCUGGGGCCAGCGGAGGGUAGGACAGGCAUUGCGAUGCAAUGACCCCGAGUACCGGGGUGCAGAUGGACUCUCUGCAGUGGAUCAGCCCAGCACGAGGGGAACCAGGUUGCCGCCUGCCUCGCUGCCUGUGUCGGAGGCAACGGUGACUGAUCCAGUAGCUAUUAGCACCCCUAGCACCAAGACUGUGGUCUCGAAAUACUGUUUCCCACUAAAAGGAACCAGGACUCAUUGGUUAAAUGACUGCUUCCAGCUUGAGGAAGAAAAUGUUCAAGGGUUUCAGGGUGACCUCUGGGAUUUGCUUCAGCGUUACCAGGGAGGGCAGUGCAAGAGCAGACGUCACAAAACCCAGAAUUAUCUUAGUGUUUCCGAGGACCCUCGCCCGGAGAGUCCAGCCUGUUCACUGGCCUUCUACGUCUUCUCUUUUGUCCUCGGCCCGUGGAUCAGCAACCAUGGGAAAGGGAAGCAGAAUCCUCCCACAUCCAAGCCCGAACAUGGCCCCGAGGGGUGGCAGCCGUGGGCCACGUGGACCUUUGACGACUGUUUCACUACAAGAGAUGUCGUGGCGAAGGCAUCUGAAUAUUAUGAUGUUGAAGAUCUGGAACCCGGGGAAGCUUUCUGUGUACAGAGGGGAAGCGUCCUGCAGAUUAAAUGUCCCCCAGGGGUGGAGCUUGCUGGGGGGCAGGGCCGGCCACGAAGUCCCCGCGCCAGCUUUCGAGCACCCUCCCGUCUUGUGCCCAUGUAG